AUGAGAGGAUUUUUAGGGAGGUUGAAUUAUAUUGCUCGAUUUAUAUCCCAACUCACCUGCAAAUGUGAUCCAAUCUUCAAGCUGCUUCGAAAACGAGACCUAGGAGAAUGGAAUGAAGAAUGUCAAAUAGCCUUUGAUAAAAUCAAAGAAUAUAUCACAAAUCCACUGGUGUUGGUGCCACUGAUGGCCGACAAACCUCUUAUUUUGUAUUUGACUGUGAAUAAGAAUUCUAUGGGAUGUGUGUUGGGACAACAUGAUGGAACCGAGAAGAAAGAACGGGCCGUAUAUUACUUGAGCAAGAAAUUCAUGGAGUAUGAGUCCAAAUACUCUGCGCUCGAAAAGAUAAGAGUAGCUCGAUGGCAAGUGCUAUUGUCUGAGUAUGAUAUUGUGUAUGUGUCCCAAAAAUCAAUCAAAGGGAGCGCUAUCGCUGAUUUCCUUGCAGAUCGAGCUAAUGAGGAUUAUGAAUCUGUAAGUUUCGAUUUUCCAGAUGAAGAUUUGAUGGCCGUUUUGCAUAUAGAAGAGGGUGGUCCCAUUGAACUUAAUCCAUGGAAGGUGUAUUUCGAUGGAGCAUUCAAUGCUUUGGGGCACGAAAUUGGGGCAGUGUUGAUUUCUCCAAAUGGAAAGUACUAUCCAGCCACGACGAGAUUGAAUUUCAAUUGUACUAAUAAUAUGGCGGAGUAUGAGGCAUUGGUAAUGGGAUUACAAGUAGCAAUUGAGAUGAAGGCUAACGCGAUAGAUGUUUACGGAGAUUCGGCUUUAAUUGCUGAUGCCUUGGCCACCCUCGCAGCGAUAUUCAAAAUAAAAGAGGCAACUGAUGUACGCCAUUUUGAUUUAGAAGUCCGUGAAGUCUCUGCACACUGCUUGAAUAUUGAAGAAAAGGUUGAUGGUAAGCCGUGGUAUCAUGAUAUCAUGCAAUACAUCAAGCACCAGGCAUAUCCUGAAAAUGUCACGGACAAUGACAAGCGAACUCUUAGAAGAUUAGCAAUGGGUUUCUUCCUUAGCGGAGAAGUGCUCUACAAAAGGAGUCGAGAUCAAGUACUCUUGAGAUGUGUGGAUGUUGCGAAAGCCAACAAAAUAAUGAAAGAAGUCCACGAAAGAACUUAUGGAGCUCAUGCUAAUGGACAUAUGUUGGCUAGACAAAUUAUGAGAGCUGGUUAUUAUUGGUUGACAUUGGAAUCAGACUGCAUAAACUUUGCUCGAAAAUGCUACAAGUGUCAAGUAUACGCUGAUAGAAUCCAUGCUCCACCAGCCCCAUUGCAUGUUUUCACAGCACCUUGGUCAUUUUCAAUGUGGGGAAUGGAUGUGAUUGGGUUUAUUACGCCAAAAGCCUCUAAUGGGCAUCGAUUCAUAUUGGUGGCCAUUGAUUAUUUCACGAAGUGGGUAGAAGCAGCUUCCUAUGCUAAUGUGACACAAAAAGGGGUGUGCAAGUUCAUCCAAAAAGAGAUCAUAUGUCGGUAUGGGCUUACAGAAAGGAUCAUUACGGAUAACGCAAGCAAUUUGAAUGGUACGAUGGUGAAGGAUGUUUGCGCUAAAUUCAAGAUCAAGCAUCAUAACUCGACAACUUACCGUCCGAAGAUGAACGGAGCGGUAGAGACAGCCAACAAAAACAUCAAAAAGAUUAUCGAAAAGAUGACUGAAGUUUAUAAAGACUGGCAUGAGAAACUUCCUUUUGCCUUACAUGCAUAUCGAACUUCUGUGCGUACCUCCACCAGGGCAACUCCGUACUCAUUAGUAUACGGUGCAGAAAUAGUUCUACCUGUUGAAGUAGAAAUCCCAUCAUUGAGGGUGUUGAUGAAAACAGAAUUGAAAGAUGCUGAGUGGGUUCGUUCCCGCUACGAACAACUGAAUCUGAUUGAGGAAAAAAGGCUUGCGGCUCUUUGUCAUGGUCAGAUGUACCAACGAAGGAUGAUGCGAGCAUACGAGAAAAAAGUUCAUCCCAGGCAGUUUCGAGAAUGA